AUGGGGGGGGGGUCUCCCCACCCCGUUCAACCGCCGGGGCAGCCCGCACGGGGGGGGGGGGGAGUGGUGGCUCCGCUGCCACCACCGCCACCGCCGCCUCCGCCGGCGGGGCAGCCCGCACAAGUGGGGGUGGGGGAUGGGGGAGCAGUGGCGCCACCGCCGCCACCGCCGCCACCGACUCCACCGCCGGGGCAGCCCGCACAGGGGGGAGAUGGGGGAGUGGUGGCUCCACCGCCGCCGCCGCCUCCACCGCCGGGGCAGCCCGCACAGGGGGGAGAUGGGGGCGCAGUGGCUCCCCCACCACCGCCGCCGCCACCGACUUCGCUGCCGAGGCGGCCCACACAGGUGGGGGCGGGGGAUGGGGGAGCAGUGGCUCCCCCACUGCUGCCGCCGCCGCUGCCGUCGCCGCCUCCGCUGUCCCCGCCGCUGUCCGGGUGGGGGCAGGGGAGGGGGCAGGCGGCCGGCUCCAAGCCGGAGGAGCGGCACAGGGCCCCCCCACGCCCAGCCUCGUCAGGGGCAGAGGGCGGGCGCGGAGGCAGAGUUUUAUUGGAAAAGUUGGAAACAGAAAUUAAGUUUUCAAAGGAAGGGGGAGUGAAAGUUAUAAUCCCAGAAUCUAAAAUUAUCGAAGCAGCUGCUAUACUUGUGCAGGAAUGCCAUGGAAAAAUUCCCAAAGAAGUUGAAGAGGCUGUCAUUCAAAUAGUGUGGGCCAAUGAUUCUCCUGGGAGAUACAAAAAAGCUGAAGCUGUGAGUAUCACACUCAAAGCAGGGGCUACACCAGUAAGGCAAAGACAAUAUCCUCUGAAAUUAGAAGCUCGUAAGGGAUUGGUACCUGUGAUUGAAAAGUUUCUCAAAUUUGAGUUAUUAGUAGAAAGUGAAUCCAGGUACAACACACCAAUCUUGCCAGUGAAGAAAGCUGAUGGUAAAAGCUACAGGUUGGUACAGGAUUUGAGGGAAAUCAACAAGAUAACAGAGGACAUACACCCAGUGGUAGCGAAUCCUUACACACUUUUGACAACACUAACAAAUGAAUUAGGGUAGUUCACUGUUUUAGAUCUCAAGGAUGCCUUUUUCUGCAUUCCUGUUCAUAAGAAUAGCCAAGAACUCUUUGCUUUUGAGUGGGAGAAUCCUGAAACAGGGAGAAAGACCCAGCUCACCUGGACAGUUUUACCACAAGGAUUCAAAAACAGCCCGACCAUAUUCGGAAACCAGCUGGCAAAGGAGCUUGAGGACUGGAGGAAACAAGAACCAGGAGGAGCAGUUCUCCAGUAUGUUGAUGACAUCUUGAUAGCGGCCAAGACACGAGAUGACUGCAUCGAGCUCACUGUAAGUCUGUUGAACUUUUUGGGCCAAAGUGGGUAUUGGGGCUCGAAAGAGAAGGCACAGGUUGCCAGGGAAACAGUAGUAUACCUGGGCCUGGAAAUUUUCCGUGGACAUCGACAACUCAGCAGAGAACGGAAGGAAGCCAUCUGCCGACUUCCAGAGCCCCAUACCGUAAGGGAGAUGCAGGCCUUCCUGGGAAUGGUAGGUUGGUGUCGCCUGUGGAUAUCAAACUACGGUCUGCUGGUGAGACCUUUAUAUGAGGUCCUUAAAGCAGCUGAAAAGGGGAAAAUCAUGUGGACAGAGAAUGCCAGGGCUGCAUUUAAACAGCUGAAACAUUCCUUGAUGUCAGCCCCAGCUCUGGGGCUGCCGGACCUGACUAAACCUUUUGAACUCUUUACACAUGAGCGACUGAAUGUUGCUCUGGGGGUACUGGCACAGCACCUUGGAGACCAGCGAAGGGCUGGGGCCUAUUUCUCAAAACAACUAGACAAUGUAGCCCAGGGGUGGCCUGGAUGCUUGAAAGCUGUGGCAGCAACAGUCCUUCUGAUACAGGAGGCCCAUAAAUUCACCCUUGGGCAGCACAUUGUCGUGUAUGUACCCCAUGCAGUGAUAAAUGUGCUGGAGCAAAAGGGGGGACACUGCCUCUCCCCUAGCAGGAUGCUCAAAUACCAAUCUGUGUUGUUGGAACAGGAUGAUGUUACUCUAAAAACAACUUCUGUGGUAAACCCUGCGAUGUUUUUAUCAUCCACGUUACUUGACAGUGUGCCUGAGCAUGAUUGUUUGCAGACAAUAGAGGAAACUUAUUCCAGCAGACCAGACCUGAAAGAUGUUCCUUUGAAAGAUCCAGACUGGGAACUGUACACUGAUGGGAGCAGCUUCAUGAGAAACGGUAGGAGGAUGACCGGUUACGCUGUAACCACCUCAGAUAAAAUCAUUGAGGUAAAAGCCUUGCCUCCAGAUGUAUCAUCACAGAAAGCUAAACUCAUUGCACUAACGAGAGCUCUAGAACUGAGCGAGGGGAGGAAGGUGAACAUAUGGACUGAUUCCAAAUAUGCCUUCAGUGUUGUGCAUGCCCACGGAGCUAUUUGGAAGGAACGUGGCCUUCUGACUGCUCAAGGUAAUGAAGUUAAGCAUGCUAAACAAAUUCUUGCACUUUUACAGAGUAUUUGGAAGCCUACGGAAGUGGCUAUCAUGCAUUGCAAGGGUCAUCAAAAAGGGAAAACAGCCCCUGAACUGGGAAAUCGUUUUGCUGACAAAACAGCCAGGGGGAUUGCAGAAAAAGGCAUUUUUGCAGUGGUACCACAGAAAGAGAUAAAUUUGUCAUCAUUUACCCCAAAAUACAAUCAGAGGGAUCACAAAUUAAUUUAG